AUCACCUUCGACCUCUCCAUCAGCCAAUCCGGGUCAAUCACGUGCAAGUCAAACAGGACUCUACUGCUUCUACUCUGCGCAUCUUCCUCCUGUUCCUCCUCCUCCUCCUCCUGCUGCUGCUGCUGCUGCUGCCGCUGCUGCUGUUUGCGCAUAGCGCUGCUCUGAUCCGCUUGUCCGUCGGAUAUGGCUGUCCUCCUCGUACGUCGUGAAGAGAACAGAGGAGGGGAACGAAUGGAAGAAGACGAAGAAGAAGAAACUAAAGGAGGAGAGUGUGGAGAGGGAGGAGGAGAAGGAGAAAAUGGUGAGGAAGAGGCGGAGAAGGGGGAGGAGGAGAAGGAGGAGGUGGAGGAAGAGGAAGAGGAGGAGGUUUUGCAAAUGUAUUGUGCUCCACUGUCUGUCAUUAUCUUUGAGAGCUUUUCCCGCUCUUUUUCGCUGAUCAUGAAAUGGAAGAAGAUGGGACAGCGUGUUGAGAGCACGAUGGAUCGGACGGCGAUCGCCGUUUCAUUCUCAAUAAAAGCUGACAGCGGCGUGGAAGAUGGCGACAAGGAGGAAGGAGAGGAGGACGGAGGUGGUGCUGAAGGCGACGACGAGAGCGAGCAAGAGGAGGAGCGAUCGCUUCCAGCCUUUUCCACCGGAAUCAACGACGAGGCCGAGGGGAUGGAAGAACACGGGGAGGAGGACGCGGACGAGAAGGAAGAGGAAGAGGAAGAGGUGGAGGUGGAGAAGAAGGAAGAGGAGGAGGAGGAGGAGGAGGAAGAGUCGCCUGAUUGGGACCACCACUCAGGCCGUAGUGUUGCAAAGAGGGCACCGGAGUUAAGAGGAGCAGUAUUUCUAAUGACGUACACAAAUAUGUGGAUGGAGAUCAGCAGGCUACAGAUGAUCAACGAAAGAGUCGUAGGAAAAGCUGUUGACGUCAACCGAAAGCACGCGCAUAAUGACGACAACGGUGAUGACAACAACGACAACAAGGACAACGACGAUGAUGAUGAGGAUGAUGAUGAUGAGUAGGAGGAGGAGGAAGAUUCAAUAACUUCAUGCUGUUGCCCAUGGCAGGAUUUCCCACUGCGAACAUGGGUCUGGAUCGGGACCGGGGAGGAUAAUAUCACAUCCAACGAG